UUAACACCCAACUUCACCCUUCCUUGUAACACCCUUUCAGUGUCACCAUCUUUUACCUUUCCCUAACCAUACACCCCCACCCCCACCCCUCUGAUUCUGUCAUGUAAGACCAUUAAUAAGAGUUGCCUUAAUCUGGAAUUUCUCUCCCUCUUAGUCUCUCUCCAAGAUUCCGAUAUUACUAACAAGAUUACAUUUUUACAUAAUCCCAGUUCAAGAUUAUCGUAUUCCUUCUCAGUCUUUUGUCUAUAAAUCCUCGCGGAGUUCAUUUCCCUGUUCUCAUCAUCUCCCUUGCCUUCUCCACCAAACAAGAACAUAACCCCUUUCUCUUCUAUCGCUUAUUCAUUAGAUAGCCCUUGAAAGGGAGAAGAAUGAAGGAGAUUUGGACAACCAUGGCGUCCAUGAUGGGAGUCUGGGCUUUCUGUCAAAGCCUUCUGCACACUGUUUUCCCCCCAGAGCUCCGUUUUGCUUCCCUUAAAUUCUUCCACCGCCUGUUCAACUACUUCUCCUCCUACUGCUACUACGACAUCACAGAAAUCGACGGUGUCAACACGAACGAGCUUUACAACGCCGUGCAACUCUAUCUCAGUUCCUCCGCCUCCAUCUCCGGCAGCCGCCUGAGUCUCACCCGUGGCCUCAACUCGUCCUCCAUCACCUUCGGUCUAUCCAACAACGACCGCUUGGUGGAUUCCUACAAGGGGGUUACGGUGGAGUGGGAACACGUCGUCACUCAAAGGCAAACACAAACAUUUUCGUGGCGACCGUUGCCGGAGGAGAAGAGAGGCUUCACUUUGCGGGUCAGGAAAAAGAACAAACAGCUGGUGCUCAAUUCUUAUCUGGACUUUGUGAUGGAGAAGGCCAAUGAAUUGCGGAGAAAGAAUCAGGAUCGGUUGCUUUACACGAAUUCGAGGGGAGGGUCUCUGGAUUCGAGGGGUCAUCCUUGGGAGUCCGUGCCCUUUAAGCAUCCCAGCACUUUCGAUACAUUGGCCAUGGAUCCCGCCAAGAAGGCUGAGAUUAUGGCUGAUCUCUUGGAUUUUGCAAAUGGGGAGUCUUUUUAUCAGAAAACUGGGAGGGCUUGGAAAAGAGGGUAUUUGUUGUACGGCCCCCCUGGGACUGGCAAGUCUAGCAUGAUUGCGGCCAUGGCGAAUUAUCUUGGAUACGAUAUUUAUGAUCUUGAGUUGACUGAAGUGAAUACUAAUUCCGAGUUAAGGAAGUUGCUGAUGAAGACAAGUUCCAAGUCCAUUAUAGUCAUUGAAGAUAUUGAUUGUUCCAUUAAUUUGACGAAUAGGAAUAAGAACGCCGGCGGCGGCGGUGGCAGCAGUGGUAAUUCAGGUUCAAGGAAAAAUAGCUACGAUGUGGCGGCGCCGCCAGGCGCCAACGGCGGUGAGGACGGCGUAAACACCAUAACGCUUUCGGGGUUGUUGAACUUUACUGAUGGAUUGUGGUCUUGUUGCGGGAGCGAGCGGAUUUUCGUCUUCACGACGAACCAUAUCGAGAAGCUUGAUCCAGCAUUGCUGAGGAGUGGGAGAAUGGACAUGCACAUACACAUGAGCUAUUGUACAUUUCCAUCAUUGAAGAUUCUAUUGAAGAACUAUUUGGGGUAUGAGGAAAGUGAUUUGAAGCAAGAGGUUGUGGAUGAGCUGAAGGGGGUAAUUGAGGAGGCGGAGAUGACGCCGGCCGAUAUCAGUGAGGUCUUAAUCAAGAACCGUCGGGAUAAAUCAAAGGCGGUUGAUGAAUUGUUAGAGGCUCUGAAAAUUAAGGCUGAGAAGAACAGAAUUAAACCUAGGGUGAUCAGGAACGGAAGCAAUGAAGUUGAAGAUGAGGAGCAGGAGAAGCGGGCCUUGGACAGCCCGAAAGAGGGCUCUGAUCAAUUGCAAGAAAACUGCAAUCAAUGUGAUGAUAAAGAGGGCCGUGCUAUUGAAAAUGAUGAUGAUGAGAAAAUGCAUUAAUCUUACUGCUGUAAUGGACCAUUUCUUGGUAGUGAGAAAGAUUCAAGAGGAGGAUGAAAUUGGGAAUUUGGCAAUGUAGAAAAAGAUGAUUGUUAGAGAAUUCAAUGCCUGCCCCCCCCACCAUUUGUUUUUGCUGCUUUGAUAAUUAAUGAAAUGAAUGGGAAAUUUGGUUUAGCAA